AGUCAGUCUACACAAGUCAAGAAGAUCAUGUUUGAUGCAGUGGUGGAUUCAUUUAUUUCUUCUUCAAGAAAUUUGAGAUGAACAAGAAGUUUUCCUCGAAAGGCGUUUGUGCGUGAGCAGCCAUGGCUUCACUGGGGCAGAUCAUCUUCUUCAUGAUGAUCACGCUCACUGUUGUCUUCUCAGCGCUCAUCAUCCUCAUUGUCUCUUUGUCACUUUCAGGCAGAUUGUUGCUCGUUCAGAGCCUCAACAGACUUCCUGUGGCCAACCUCGACGAAGACCACAUGCUCAGCUGCUUCCUGACCGUAGACAGUGAACAAAGUCUACUCCAAGAUGUGUCCGUCACAUGGACGAAGGAGUCGCUGACUGGAAUUAUUUACAGCUACGAGGAUGGCGCAGAGAGCAACGACGAGCAGGACUCACAGUACAGCGGCAGGGUACAAAUCUUCAGCGACAUGGUGGUAAAAGGAAACGCCUCACUUCUGCUGAGGAAGGUACGACGCACCGAUGCAGGCGAGUACACUUGCUUGCUCAGUCACUCUGGAGGCACCGGGAAGGUCAACAUCAUCCUCAGGACGGCAGCUUUCACAGCACCCACGUUUACAUUGUCAAAUGGUGCCCUGACAGCUGAAGCGACCAGAUGGUUUCCCAAGCCCAACGUGACAUGGCUGGAUGCCGGUAACAACGUUCUGCAGGGGAGCACGGACUUCCAGCAGAGUUCGGCGGGCAUAUUUCGAGUGGUCAGCACAUUGCAAUUGGUUAAUGUCAGCGACACUUACACGUGCAGGAUUCAGAAUGACCUGGUGGCGGCUCACUCUGAUGCCACUGUGACAACAGUCAUAACGGCACCCCCGGAGGAAAUCACAACUGCAUUGGGCCCUGUGCCAAAAGGACUUUGACAGCACUUUCACAUAGAUAGGACAACCUUCUGAAUAUGCAAACAACUAGCUUCUAAUAAAGGUAAUUUGCAGAAAUAACUUAAUAAUAGGAAGUUAUGAUUUGUUAUUGUUUGUUGAAUUGUUACAAAAAUUAUAGAUACAUUGAAGCAGUGAUCGUAUUGUCUCGAUUUAAUCGCAAAUAACUUACACGCUCUGAAACUUCUGUUUAAUUCAGUGCUUCUCAAAUAGUGGGGCGCGCCCCCCUUGGGGGGCGCGGUGCUAUUCCUGGGGGGGCGCGUGUGACCCUGGGGAACAGGCUUUUUUUUUGGCAGUACUAGAAUAAAGUGUAAUUGCGCGUUUAAUACAGCAGGGGGCAGUGGCGCUCUCAUUGUUACUUCUGUCACGUUUGCGACAGUGCAACAUUUUACGACUUACAAGACAAGUUAGGAUAGUCACGGUGGGGAGGGGGGGCGCGAAUAGAUUUCUUCUUGCUAGGGGGGGCGUAACAGAAAAUAAUUGAGAAGCACUGGUUUAAUUGAAUACAAAGCUAGGAUGCUGUUUACGACAUCAAUUGCUUAUUUGUACCUUCUGCCAUCUAGUGGAAGAACUUUUAAUUGUCCUGCCUUUCACUGUCGCAGGCAGAGAUAGAUGCUAUGCUGCUUUAUCAGUAGUAAAUACACUGCUCAAAAACUAAAAGGAACACUCAAAUAACACAAUCCAGACCUGAAUGAAUUCAACAUUUUCAUUGAAUACCUUUGUUCUGGACAAAUUUGAAUGUCCUGACAACUAAGUCACACAAAAAUCAUCACUGGAAAUCUAAUGUAAUAAAUCAAUGGAGGCCUGGAUUUGGACUUGCUCGCCCCUCCCCUCCUGUGUGCCCAUGAUUAGUUUGACUAUUCUCACCUGCCUCUUGUUACCUGUCGUGUAUAUAAGUCCUGUCUGCCUCUCACAACCCGUCGCAUCAUAGUUGUUGUCUCGAUGUCGUGUUGGUCCUUGCUGUCUUAAUGUCUUCACGUUUUUUGUUUCACGUCCCUGUCGGUCAGUCCUCUUGUUGUUUAGUUAAGCCAUGUCAGUUUGCCGAGUCUGUCUUUGUUCUCUCCAAUAAACCCUGGUCCAAGCUGCAUUUGGUCGCCCUGCUCCAUCCGGUCCAUGACAUGUGUGGCCUCCACGUGCCCGUCUGACCACCCUACAAUGCCUGGGCAUGCUCCUGAUGAGGUGGGGGAAGAUUUCCUAAGGCAUUCUCAUGAUAUUUUUAUUAAUUGGACACUUUAGUCCUUUAAAAGGAAAUUCAAUUUACACUGACAUUUGACUCUGAUUUGAUUUAUACAGUUGCAAUAACCCUACGCGUUCCCUGUCACAUCAUUCAUUUUUUAAGCUGCAUUAGGCUUAGAUUCUAUAAAACAUCUUGAUGAACUUGGGAAUUUAUGCAUAGCAAUGCAUCCAUUAACUACAUAAAUGUACAUUUUGUAUUUUGAUUCCCCACACUGUUUUGACAAAUGACCACAAGUAGUGUGUAUUUCUACACGUAGUGUGCAUUUCUAUCACAUUUCAAUCCUUAGGGACAUCAAUUUUUAAUUUUAUACGUAGAAAUCAAAGUCAAAGUCUGUUUUAUUGUCAAUUUCUUCACAUGGCAAGACACACAAAGAGAUCGAAAUUACGUUCUCACUAUCCCAUGGUGACAAGACAUAGUACACAAUAUACAAACAAUUAAACAACACAAACAAUAAAAACAAGAAACAAUGAAUAAAUAAGAGUGAUGAAUAAAUAAUCAACAAAUAACAUAAUAAAUAAGAGGAGCAAAAAUGGAGCAAGUGUGCAUACAGCAGACAGUCAGAAUAUAGCGCAAAAGUACAUCCCUGAGGUAAAUGACCGCUAUCUUACCUCUGAGAAUGCCUCCAAAGUUUAAAACUUCGCAAAGUUUAUUCCAUCCAGAGCAAGCGUUGAACAUUUCAUGAAUUUUUAAUUUUGUGCACAAUUUUCACUAAAGCUUUAACAGUCCCACUAAGAAUGUAAACUAAUGUAAUGUAAAUGAUAAACUGUCCAAAAUCUUAUUUGCAGACGACACUGUUUUUCAAGUCAAUCAUCUUCAAAUUGGUCUCUUUGUUCAUGGCUCACUGGGGAGAACCCUUCCCCUAUUUUUUCAUAACCUAUUUAGACAUAAUUCUCAGAUCCAUAAUUACCCCACACGCAGUUCAAAUGACCUCAGACCACCAAUAGCCUGUACUUCCCAAACCCAAUUUAACAUAGGCUACAGAGGGUCAAAGAUUUACAAUUUGCUGCCACUAUUUUUAAGGGGCGGGUCUUCUCGCCAAUUUAAGAAGGUUCUGAAAUAACUUCUCUUAGACACAAAAUACUUUCCAUAUGGUUUGCUAAAUGAACCUGGAUCCAUUCAUUAUUCUCUUUAAUUGUAGUUUUGGUGUGUUUUUACCCUAUUGUUGUAUGUCUUAUCCCUGUUAUUCAUUUUUCUUAUUUCUUUCAUCUGUAUGACAUCUAUUAGGAUGCAUAUUUCUCUAUCCAUUGAAAUUUUACCUUAAAUGUACUCGUAUUUCUGGAGAAUGCCACUUCGCAAGCCCCUGGAGUUUUUUUUUUUUUUUUUAGACAUUCUCCAUCACAUUUAUUUAAUCUUUGUACAUUUUAAAUGUUUUUAUAUUUGGAAAUGAACAAUCGAACAAAACAAAAGAUGAAACAUCUCUACUAACUUGCAAAAAGUUUCUGUGUGUGUAAUGCAUUACAGAAUUAAUAAAGGAUUCGUUUUCUAU